GAACGAGAGGGAAUCACUCUUCGGACUGUGUGGACAGUCUGUCAGCUGCGGCUGGUUUCUGCACAUCUCCUCCAUGCAGCAAACAACACAGGCACAGAACCUUCGCUGCUGCAUUGGAGGAGUCCACAGAUAGCCCCAAGUUACACAGGCGGCCCAGCAAACUCAGUCCAUUAGUGCUGUGAAAAGAAGUUCCUCACUUCCUGGAUUCACAAACGCAGUUACCGCUCAAGUAAACCGAACAAACUUCUACACUGAUCUCAGAGAGCAAGGGCAACGACGCACGUUCACGGACUCGCUUUUUUCAACAGACAACAAAGACGCUGUGGUAGAAUUUCAUUUCAAAAUGAAGGCUUUUGUUUGGACCCUAAGUGUACUACUCUUCCUACUGGGCAGUGGUCACUGCAAAGGAGGACAAUUCAAAAUAAAAAAAAUAACCCAAAGGAGAUAUCCCCGUGCUACUGAUGGGAAAGAGGAAGCAAAGAAAUGUUCAUAUACAUUCUUGGUGCCUGAACAAAAAAUAACAGGGCCAAUCUGUGUCAACACCAAAGGUCAGGAUGCAGGCACUAUUAAGGACAUGAUCACCAGGAUGGACCUGGAGAACCUCAAGGAUGUGCUGUCUAGGCAGAAGCGGGAGAUAGAUGUCCUGCAGCUGGUGGUAGAUGUGGACGGGAACAUUGUAAACGAGGUGAAGCUGCUGAGAAAGGAAAGCCGGAACAUGAACUCCAGAGUCACGCAGCUCUACAUGCAGCUACUACAUGAGAUCAUCCGUAAAAGAGACAAUUCACUCGAACUUUCCCAACUGGAAAACAAGAUCCUCAAUGUCACCACAGAAAUGCUCAAGAUGGCAACAAGGUACAGGGAGCUAGAGGUCAAGUAUGCAUCCUUGACUGAUCUUGUCAAUAACCAGUCUGUGAUGAUCACUGUACUGGAAGAGCAGUGCUUGAGGAUGUUUUCCCGACAAGACCCCCAUGGGUCUCCCCCUCUUGUCCAGGUGGUACCGCGACACAGUCCUAACAGCCACCAGUACACCCCUGGUCUGCUGGGAGGCAAUGAGAUACAGAGGGACCCAGGUUAUCCCAGAGAGGUAAUGCCACCACCUGAUCUGCCAACAGCUCCCACGAAAAGCCCUUUCAAGAUUCCAGCAGUGACUUUCAUCAAUGAAGGACCAUUCAAAGACUGUCAGCAAGCAAAGGAAGCUGGACACUCAGCCAGUGGAAUUUACAUGAUUAAACCUGAAAACAGCAACGGUCUGAUGCAGUUAUGGUGUGAGAACAGUUUGGAUCCUGGGGGUUGGACUGUUAUUCAGAAAAGAACAGAUGGCUCUGUCAAUUUCUUCAGAAACUGGGAAAAUUAUAAGAAAGGGUUUGGAAACAUUGAUGGAGAAUACUGGCUUGGACUAGACAAUAUCUACAAGCUUAGUAAUCAAGACAAUUAUAAGCUGAUGAUUGAACUAGAAGACUGGAGUGAGAAGAAGGUCUAUGCGGAAUACAGCAGCUUUCGUCUGGAGCCCGAAAGUGACUACUACAGACUGCGCCUGGGGACGUACCAGGGGAAUGCUGGGGACUCUCUGAUGUGGCAUAAUGGUAAACAAUUCACCACGCUGGACAGAGAUAAAGAUACAUAUACAGGAAACUGCGCCCACUUCCAUAAAGGAGGCUGGUGGUACAACGCCUGUGCACACUCUAACCUCAACGGAGUAUGGUACAGAGGUGGGCAUUACAGAAGCAAGCACCAAGAUGGCAUUUUCUGGGCUGAAUACAGAGGCGGGUCCUACUCCUUGAGGGCAGUACAGAUGAUGAUCAAGCCUAUUGACUGAUACCUCCAAGUAAAUGACACAGAACUUCACUUCCAGUUCCCCAAAUCUAAACAUUACAUGUUACUCUGCACAACUUAUUUUUACAGGUACAGUUUUUAAAAUACAUUUUACUACUAUAAGAAUGUAUCUGUGAAAACAGUUCCAUUUUCCUCCAAGGAAGAUUAUGCAAAUCCUUGUUAUUUUAAAAAUUAUAUUGACUGAAUAUUAGUAAAUGUAAAUAUUGGCCACAAUGUAAAACAAAUCUUAGCUUUAUUUUGAAUCAAAUCUAAAUACAUGUUCAAGAUACUUCAUGAUUUAUUUAAAAAAUAUAAGACUGCUCUAACUUUCACUGAAAAAAAUUAUUUCAAGAUUUCAGACAAUUAGUGCAUUUUAUUUAUGAAAAUACAGACAGGAAACUAGAGAAAAAAACUCUAGUUUUGCCACUAGGAAAUGUUUUUCCAGUAAGUAAAACUUUAAAAUAAAAAUUUAAAUUGAA